AAGGCUUUGGAACUUCUGAAUAGCAUUCGUAAUAGUUUCCUUGCGUCAAAGACUCGGAGAGAGAGAGAGUGAUGUCGAGGUCAUUGGUGCAGCCCAUAGGGCAGAAGAGAUUGACGAACGUGGCGGUGGUUCGACUGAAAAAGCAUGGAAUGCGCUUCGAGAUCGCCUGCUACAAAAAUAAGGUCCUCUCAUGGCGUUCUGGAGUAGAGAAAGAUUUGGAUGAAGUACUGCAGUCACAUACUGUCUAUUCUAAUGUUUCAAAAGGAGUACUUGCCAAGUCAAAAGAUCUGAUUGCGGCCUUUGGUACUGAUGAUCAUCCACAGAUAUGCUUGGAGAUUUUGAAGCAAGGAGAGCUUCAAGUUGCAGGGAAGGAGAGGGAAUCUCAGCUGUCAAGUCAAUUCCGUGAUAUUGCUACAAUAGUAAUGCAGAAGACCAUCAAUCCAGAAACUCAAAGGCCAUAUACGAUUAGCAUGAUCGAGCGGCUUAUGCAUGAAAUCCAUUUUGCAAUUGAUCCUCAUAACAGCUCAAAGAAACAGGCACUAGAAGUAAUUCAGGAGCUUCAGAAACACUUCCCCAUUAAAAGGUCCCCAAUGAGAUUGCGGCUCACAGUACCUGAAAACCACUUCUCUUCUGUCAUGGAGAAGCUCAAUUCCUGGAAUGGUAACGUUGUUUCAAAGGAUGAAUCUGGAAAUCAGCUACAUGUGGUCUGUGAAAUGGAACCUGGUAAUUUCCGAGAUUGUGAUGCCUUCUUGAGGAAUCUGCAGGGGAAAUUGGAAAUACUUGCCGUCUCUGUGCAUGCAGAGGGGGAUGGCCAUGUUGAUCACUAUGAUGAACAUGAAGACAUUCCACCCAGUCUUCCAAAGGAGUCAAUUGACACUGUCCCGCAACUGAGUGAGAAAAUGCAGAAACAAACCAUCUCUACUGGAAAUGAGAAUGCUGAAGGGGAGGUCAAACAGAACAAGUGUAGUACAUGCAAUGCAGUAGUUGGAGACGCAAAGCAGUAUCGUGACCACUUUAAGAGCGAUUGGCACAAGCAUAACCUGCGGCGGAAGACGAGACAGCUCCCACCCCUUACUGCUGAGGAAUGCAUGGCUGACAUGGAAGUGGGUGAUUUAAAGGCAGAUUUGAAGGAGUACUCAUUUUGAGAUGGAGUCCUGAAUUUUGGUUCAAAGACAGUACUAGAAACGUAACUUAAGUACUAUAAGUUAUAACACAGUUAAUAUUUGUAUAAAUCAAUUUUGUGCCUAAAACAUUACGAGAACUUAACUAGUAAGCUGUA